CGUCUGCAGAGCUUCCUGUUGGUGGCUAACUCUGCUAGCAGUGAGGGGGGAGGAGAGGAGUACUCCGUCAUCUAUAAGUGGAGUCGGAGGAAGCAGAAGUUCUUCCGAUACCAGCGCCUGCAGACCCACACUGCCCAAGACUGGGAGGCCUUCAGCAUCCAGGGAGAGGCCUUCCUCGCUGUGGCCAAUCACAGGAGAGAUGACAACAACCACAACAUAGACAGCGUCAUCUACAAGUGGAACCCAGGAACCAAGCUGUUUGAGGUGAACCAGACCCUUCUGACGUCAGGGGCGUACGAUUGGGAGGCCUUCAGCGUGGGCCCGUACCACUUCCUGGCCGUGGCCAACACCUUUGAUGGGGUGACCACGCGCCUCAACUCCACCAUCUACGUGUGGGUGGCAGGCCAGUUUCAGCACUUCCAGCACAUCACUACGUCUGGGGCCACAGACUGGGAGAUGUUUGAGAUUGGUGGGCGGGUCUUCCUGGCGGUGGCCAAUGGGGAGCUGCACACACACGGGUCGAGCCAGUACUCCAUCAACUCCACCAUCUACGAGCUCAACAUGGAGCUGCAGACUUUCAUCAGGUUCCAGGACAUACUCACACACACGGCGGUGGACUGGGAGUUCUUCACAGUGGGGACCCAGAGCUUCCUGGUGGUGGCCAACUCCUACAACGGCACAUCCUACUCCCUCAAGAGCGUCAUCUACAGGUGGCAGGGCUCUGAGGGGUUUGUCUCUGCUCAUGAGCUGCUGACUGUGGGCUGCAGAGACUGGGAGUUCUUCCACACCAGUGAAGGUUCCUUCCUCAUCUACUCCAGCGCCACCUCAGUGCUCUCCAAAGUCUUCAGGCUCAAGACCUACUAAAGACAAGACUGACAGGCUCAAGACCUACUGACAGGCUCAAGACCUACUAAAGACAAGACUGACAGGCUCAAGACCUACUAAAGACCAGACUGACCGGCUCAAGACCUACUAAAGACCAGACUGACAGGCUCAAGACCUUCUAAAGACUAGACCUACAGUUUCAGAAUCUACUAAAGACCGGACCUACAGACUUAAGGCCAGUUUAAGACCAGACAAAUUGUGUGACCCAAAUACAGACUGUGUCAGAU